AGAUAAGUAAGUAGCGCAAUCCUUGUAUGAUGCUGUUCAUGUUGUGAAAGUAAAUAUCCCCUGCGGUUCCACGUGAAUGAAAUGAACGUAUUUGACACUCAAUGGCAAUACUAGUACCCAUUCUGCAUCAAUCAAGAUGUCACCUUCCGCUUUUUGCUUUUUCUCAUCUCCUCGUCGCCUACGUGCUGCUUGGUUUUCAUCAAUGUUGCUCCUGACAAGGUCAUCUACAAAUUUCGCGAUUGCCGACCAGGCGUUGCUGGGAACAACAUCGAAGGGAUUGCCACCCGCCCCAACUACGUACCCAAAUCCACCGGCGUGGCCGAAAGGAGCGGUGACCGUUUUCCGCCCCGAUGAGGAACAGUCGCCGGCCGAUAAACAGGCCAUUCUGGACGACAUUUUCUCCGAACACGGCACGUACACGGUACACGACGCCCGGGGCUACUUCGAGGAAAGGGGGCGCGAGUUCAGUCAGAGGCGUCACGCUUUCCUGUUCCUACCCGGGAAGCACUCGGUCACGGUAAAUGUGGGCUACUACCACCACGUCCUGGGGCUGGGUGAAGAUGGGGAAGUAGAUGAGAGUCAUCAUCUUGUUCAAGUAGCUGCGGACGAAAUCAAGAGAAGUUCAGACGCAACGUCAACUUCUCGCACUACUCACAAAAAUCACAAAUCGCGUUCUAGAAAGCGAACUCAGAUCGAAAAAGUCCAGGUGCUGAACGGGUCCCCCGACUUCAGAGCUGGCGCACUGACGAAUUUCUGGCGCAAGGCCGAGAAUUUCCACACUCCCAACGACCUGAAUUGGUGGGUGUCACAAGCCAGCACGCUCCGGCGGGUUUCCGUGGCCGGUAGUCUAUUUUUGUCCGGCAUGGACUGGCCGAGCUUCAAUUUUGGCUACAGUAGCGGCGGCUUCGUGGCGGAUGUAGUCGUCGGAAAAGACGUAGACAGUGGGUCGCAGCAGCAAUUUUGCUUUCGGAACGUCCAGGCAGCGGGAAGAUUCGUCCCGGGUUCGUGGAAUUUUGUACUGUUAGACUGUGUCUUUGAACAAGGCGGAGACGAUGCGUCACUGCCAAAAAUUACGAAAGUAGACGGCCUCCCGAUUUUUGCCAAAAAGCCCUUCCUCGUGGCACACAACACUGUGGCAGAGCAAAAUGUUGGCACCAAGCGCAACAACGAGAGUGAUGAACAUGUCCCUGCAGGCGCACACCAAGACAACCAAGGAUUACAACACCAGAAAUAUUUCAUCGUCGUUCCGGCUGCAGAGACCACCACGUCGCGCACAGCUACGAUUAUUCCUAAAGAUGAAGCGGCACCGGCACCGCGUGCCCUGAAUAAAAAACCGAGACGGAUUUCUUUCGAGCGUGUAUUCGUUGCAGAUCCGAGCGAUGCGGACGUGAUUGCGAAAAUCAAUCACGUUCUUUCCUCAGCUACCGAAUUCCCGCCUGCUGUAGUUCUCACUCCGGGAAUCUACCACUGUCGCGGAAAUGAAUCGGUCACCAUUUCCCGUCCGGAAACUCUCCUGCUGGGCAUCGGGCUCGCGACUCUCGUUGCGCAUGGCGAAACCCAGCCGUGCUUGGUCGUCACUGAUAAAGCGCGUGGCAGUCGCAUUUCCGGCUUGAUUGUGCAGCCUGCGCCCGAUUUUAGGGGUGACACGCUCGUGCAAAUCGGGAAAAAGAACGACAGGGACCAAAAUAGAGCAGAAGAUGAAAGGGCAAGCACUUGCACAUCUAGUUGUUCUAGCCGCAAGAAUGUUGUUCAUGGAGUCACCCCAGAACCGGAGGACCACAUUUUUCUAUACGACAUUUUCGUCAGGGUGGGUGGGGACACCGACAGCCGGGUGGUAGAAGUGCGUGCGAAAAGCAUGAUGACCAUACUCGCUUCCCACGUGGUGCUCGAGAACCUCUGGCUCUGGCGCGCAGACCACGAUAUUGGCGGCGACGUGCGGAAAGAGCGCAACCCCGUGGACCACGCGCUAGAAGUUCACGGUAACUCGGUGACAAUUUACGGGCUAGCAGCGGAGCACGUGCUCAGGGACCAGGUACGAUGGUACGGACAGCAUGGCCGGGUGUAUUUCUUUCAAUCCGAGUUUCCGUACGACGCACACGGCGUCGGCGCAACGGAAGUAGAACUGGACUCACGGGUCGUGGCUUACCGUGUGAUGCCCAAUGUCACGAGCCACGACGCGCGAGGGCUGUCCGUCUACAGUUUUUUUAGGGACCACGACGUGGAGGCGCAAACGGCGAUUUCGUUUCCGGACGAGGCAUUAUUGACGCCGAAGGCAACGCAUGAUGUCACCACAGAAUUAUCAUCGACUUCACACGCUGCUAACUGCACUGGAUCUGGGGAACUACAACCGGCAAAGGACAAAAUCUCCCUGCGUAACCUCUGUUCACGUUACCUCAAUGGCUAUGGUGGCAUCCGCUCGAUAGCCAACGGCUUUGGUCCUUCUGUUGAUCGCAACAACCCUGGCCCAGUUUACUUCCCCUCUAUUGAUGCGGUAGUUGCGCCAAAAUCAAUGUUGAAAAGCAAGACCAGCAGUGUUGAAGAACCUGGUGUACAAUCACAGGGAUGGUCACAGAGGACGGAUGGAGAUCUUUGA